AUGGUCAGCGUUUGGUUGGAUCUGCUGUUGUGGAACCACAGAUACGGAGGAUGGCUGUGGCACUUGAGCUUCCGCGGAUUUGGGGAUCCUAGGCGGGUCCUGGGGCCAGUGUGCCACGGAUGCCAAGGGACGACCGUAGUUUGUUUAUCUUUAAGGAAAAUGACAAGUAUUUUACCCUUCAGCGCAGCAAGGCUGCAGAAGCCAGCUGUAGCACAUGGAGCUCCAAUCAAGUACGUCACCUCCCUGAAGAGUCCCGGGCAAGCACUGCUGCGGCACUUCUUGGACAGGAGUCUACCGGCCCCGGGACGAGACGGAUGGUCUGUGCAGGCUGCUUCCGGGACACUGCGCUACUGUCUGCUUGCAGGGAGCUUCCAGAGAGAGCGCGUGCAACCUGCAUCUGUGGCCUUGACUCUUUCCAGGGGUCUGUAUGAGCUGCUGGCGGCUCUGCCAGCCCGGCUGCAGCCACAUGUGGACAGCCAGGAAGACCUGACCUUCCUCUGGGAUGUGUUUGGUGAAAAAAGCCUGCAUUCACUAGUCAAGAUUCACGAGAAGCUUCACUACUACGAGAAGCAGAAUCCCACGCCCAUCCUCCAGGGUGCAGCAGCCUUAGCUGGUGACCUGGCGGAGGAGCUUCAGAACAAGCCAUUGAACAGUGAGAUCCGAGAGCUGUUGAAACUACUAUCAAAACCCAAUGUGAAGGCUUUGCUCUCUGUACACGAUACUGUGGCUCUGAGGAAAUAUGAUCCCGUGUUGCCUCCUAUGCCUGAUGAUAUUGAUGAUGAGGAAGACUCAGUGAAAAUCAUCCGUCUGGUCAAAAACAGAGAACCGCUGGGAGCUACCAUUAAGAAAGAUGAUCAGACCGGGGCCGUCGUUGUGGCCAGAAUCAUGAGAGGAGGAGCCGCAGACAGAAGUGGUCUUAUUCAUGUGGGCGACGAACUUAGGGAAGUGAAUGGCAUACCUGUCGAGGAUAAAAGCCCUGAGGAAAUCAUUCAGAUCUUGGCUCAGUCUCAGGGUGCAAUCACAUUCAAGAUUAUACCCAGCGUCAAGGAGGAGACACCAUCAAAGGAGGGCAAGAUGUUUAUCAAAGCCCUCUUUGACUAUGACCCUAACGAGGAUAAAGCAAUUCCAUGUAAGGAAGCUGGGCUUUCUUUCAAAAAGGGAGAUAUUCUUCAGGUUAUGAGCCAGGAUGAUGCAACGUGGUGGCAGGCGAAGCACGAAGGAGAUGCCAAUCCCAGAGCAGGCUUGAUUCCCUCUAAGCACUUCCAGGAAAGGAGAUUGGCUCUGAGACGACCAGAAAUAUUAGUCCAGCCCCUGAAAGUUCCCAACAGGAAAUCAUAAGAUGCUGAGUAUGAUGGUAUCAGCAGUGGAACCCAUCUAGGUGAGCA